AUGCACCUGCCGCGCAGCGACCUGGCAUCUGGGAUGCUGGUUUAUGCCAGAGCGGACAGCAGCGGUGACAGUGGAAGUGGAAGUGGGAGCAGUGAUGGAAGUAGUGGCAGUGAUGGAAGUGGUGGAGGUGGCGGUGGAGGUGGCGGAAAGGGAGGCGGAGGCCGUGGUUUUGGCGGACGUGGCGGACGAUUCCGGGGUGGGUUCGGACACGGGGAUGGCAACGGCCGCGGUAUCCCCCCCUUCGGUGGAGGUGGAAACGGAGGCAACGGGGGCGGUGGGGGCAGCGGAAGCAGCGGAAGCAGCGGGAGCAGCGGAGGAGGCGGAGGAGGCAGCAGUGGGGGCAGCUCAACGACGAGCAACGCUUGCCCACAGACCAACGGCACGACCAUCGGCUCCGUGCAGUCGUUCACUCUGCUCUGCGACUCGGCCGUUGGCGGCGAUGUCAUCAACUCGACGGCGACGGACACGUUUGAUGGCUGUACGGUCGCGUGUGCGUCGUUCCACCCGAAAUGCGAGGCCAUCUCUUUUGAUGGGUCGACCUGCACGCUCAAGGCCAACCUCGACACCAGCGGCGGGGCCGCCACGGCCGCCACAGCGUCCACGACACUGAACGGCGGCAUCGCGCAGUUCCCGGCGGCGUCGUCUAACUGCGGCUCGCUGGGCACGUCCACCACGCAGAGCAAUACGAGCUUCAACCUGUUCUGCAACAACAUCAUUUCUGGCGCCGAUCUGACCCAAAACAACGCCGCCUCUCUGCAGGACUGCAUGGACCAGUGCGUCUCGACGAGCGGCUGUGGCGCCGUGUCCUUUGACCCGAGCUACGUGCAAGGCUUCAAGAACUGCUACCUCAAGACGACGGGCGCUGCUGCGCCGGCAGUGGACACGGGCGUCGACACGGCCGUCAUGGGCAACGCCGUGGCCGCUGCUGACUCGUCGAGUGCGGACAACAGCACGGCGGCGGCGGCCACCUCGACGACCAAUGCCGGCGUCAUCACCGUGGCCCCGCCGCAGCCGAGCGUCGUGACGCAGACGGUCGUGUCCGUCGUGACGUCGGUCAACAACUCGGUCAGCGAGACCAUCGUGACGACCGAGCUGGUGACGGUGUCCGUGCUGGGCGGCAGCUCCUUCACGGGCGGCCGUGUGGCGACGGGCACGGCGACGAGCGGGACAGGCGCCAGCGCGACGGCCGCCACGCCUGGGGCGGGGUCCGUGACGGGCCUUGCCGCUGCGUCGUCGACGGCCACAGCGGCUGCGGCCUCGCUUGUUUCGUCCACGGACACCGGCGGCGGAAACAGCCGCGCCUGGAUCGCUGCACCCGUGGUUGGUUCGGUGGCGGCCGUCAUGGUGGUGGCGGUGAUGUUUGUGCUGUGGGGCCGCCGCCGGCGGAACAACGGGCUGUCGUCGCCGCUGUCGCCGGCCUUUUUGUUCAACCGGUUCCGCGGCGGCAACGGCGGGGGCGGUGACAGUGGUGGUGGUGGCUUCCGCAACCUGUCGUCGCGGGACUCGAACACGGCAUCGUUUUUCCGGCCCCAGCUGCCGUUUGGCAACUCGUGGCGGACCAGCGGCAAAGACUCCAGCAACGACGGCACGGCGCCCGGCAUGAGCGAAAAGUACGGCGCCGGCAGCGGCGUGGCCCGCAAGGUUGUUGACGGGGAGAGUGGCAGCAGCAGCAGCAGCAGCCGCACAGGCACGGGCCACAGCAAGAGCGUGCCGCUGGUGAUUGACACGGAGAUUGCGCGCAGUGGGAGCAACAAGAGCAUCAAGGGCAAGGCGAACAUUGUGGCUGUGGCCGUGACGACAGACGCAGCCGAACGGGCGGUCCGCGACAAGAGCAAAGAGUCUGCGCCGACAUUGCCAGCCAUCGGCAUCGCGUCUACAACCAAUGGCAGCAGCACCAGCAGCACCAGCAGCAGCGACAAGCCGGUACUCUCACGCGACUUGACGGCCAACACAAAGUCGACAAACUCUACAAGCUCUGCCAACGACGUCAAGAGCAAAAUGGCAUUACGGGACAGCCUCAACGGACUGGCACAGAACCGGACGACACUGGACGGGAUCCCCAUCUUCUUGAGGGAGUAG